GCUGUCUCCCGAUCUACGAGCAAAGUAAGCCCAAAGUAAGCCCAAAAGUAAGCCCACUCCAGCCAAUCGCAGCGCGCCCUCUGCCGGCGCUCGGCCAAUCACCUGCCCCCGCUGGUGGGCUUACAUUUGACCAAUCGCCUUCCAGCACCCGGAUCCCUCAUAAGCGCUCGGAGGAAGACGCUCCGCAGUCAUCUUUACGUUGACAACUGUCUGGACUACUUUGACGAGCGAUCAUGUAUGCGUAUCCCGUGUUCCGUAAAACUCCUCAGGGUCGACUCCUGAUGGGGCCGACUGAGGAGGCAAAUAGGAGUACGGUGGUGGUGGCCGGGAGGGCCCGGCGUAAGGAGGAGGUUCUGGCCGAGGCCACUGCCUUUGUGAGGCAGAACGGAGGGGAUCCUGGUGACCAGUUCCUGGUUCUGGCUCAUUGUAAGAUCCAGUUUGGAAAACACCAGAACCAGAGGUUCCGCUGGCUGCUGGAGAACUCCCUGGGUUACGCGGUGUACCUGGUCAGCAGCAUCAUGGGGGAGGAGGAGAGGGACAACCCCCUGUCGGCCAGCAAACACCUGUUCCUCAGGUACACCUCCCAGAUCAGGGAGAUAGGGGAGGCUGUGGAGGUGUAUCGGAAGAAACAGGCCUUGCUCCAGGAGGCCCAGAGGAGCGGUGACUCUGGGUGUUUGAUGGUGGAGUUUGGCGACUUCAAGGGCAGGUCCAUGAAGGAGGUGUAUGAGGACCCAGGCAAGGAGGCCCAGGCUCUCGUCACCUACCUGAAGACAGCAAAGGCCAGGCCCAACACCAACAUGGCCCUUUUCAAGGACUAUGUGCUGAAGAGGCAGGCUUCAGCUGUAGCCCACCUGCCCACUGUGACCGCUCCUUCCUCCUCCUCCUCCGCUGCUGCUCCACCUGCUGCUGCUCGACCUGCUGCCACUCAGAGCAGGCCCCUGACGGCUGCCGGCGUUAACGCUCUGCUGGCACGUGGGAAGCAUUUGUCUCCGUCACAGUUGGCACGAAAAAUUGUUUCUCCAGCCAAACCCUCUCCAGUGCCACGUGUCCCCUCUCCAUCUACAUCCGCUGCCCGCAGACAGCUCUUUAACUGUGACGCUGUUGGUGCUGCUGGGGAUUUUUUUAAGGAGCAGGACGACCAGGAGAUGGUGACUGUGGCCUCGCAAGCUGAGGAAAAACUACCUCAAGCCUCAAGAGGCCCUGCUCCUCCUGCUCCUGCUGCUCCUGCUCCUGCUCUUGCUCCUCCAGCGCUGUGGACUCCUGGCCCCGUGUUCCAGCCCCCUGCAGAGCUUCCUGGACACUGGAAGGAGCAUCUUCCAUCUUUCCAGCAGGACUGGAUCCGGAAGGCUUUAUUCAGGGCUAACCCUAAAACAGGGAAGCCAGAGCUGGUGCCACAGCUCACCUUCUGGUGGUACCCUCCCCAGCCUCCGACCACCUUCACCCAGCCUCCUGCCUCUCCUGAUCUCUUCUUCUGCCGCCCUUUGUUUCUCUGGAUGCCUCUGAAGAUGUGGUCCAUUCCACUCAUCUGUGUCCAGCCAGCUUGCAAUAGUCACAGGCUGACUGCAGCUGGCCUGUACAGCACUGUGCGCAAGGUGCUGGACAUAGAUGGGUGGUAUGAUAUGGCCACAGAGUAUCUAGAGUGCAAAGGGUGUAAGAAGAAGUAUCCGGCCUGGUCAGAGGACAUCCUGGGACAGCUGGACAUGGGACACCGCAGGAAAUUCCCCGCCCUUCUGACAUACAGGUACUCAUGCGACUACAGAGUGGUCAUCCUGAUGCGGGAGAGAACUCAGGGCAACAGCGUCACGCAGCUUCACAAGAAGCUGCAAGAGGAGCACAGUGCAGCAUGGACCCGGCGCACGCUGGAGUACUUUGCUGCCUGUGAGCCCUUCACUGACUCCUGUCUGGUCGAGCCGCCUGUGUUCUCUGCCCCCCCCGCCCCUCCCGGCCCUCCCUAAACCCAAGUGGCUUCUGGCUGUGUACGCCAGGGACGUCCUGUCACGGCUGCCUGAGGUAAAGGCCAGAAUAACCUCUGUGUU